CCUUUUUCUAGGCCGCACUCUGCUGCAAGGUUAACUCACCGCUGCUUCCCGGCGCUCUCCAGAGACACGGCUGUCCCUGCCUCGAACGGCUGUCCCCUAGACCCUCAUCCAUCUGUUCUCUCAGACACAAUGAGGCUCUCACGGCUUCUGACGUUCGCCCUUUACGCCGGGCUGGCGUCGUCCUACGGCAGCCGCGCGGCCAUGGAGCGUGCCCUGUACUUUCUCAUCUACGAGAUGGAGGACAUGUUCAGUAUUGAGGGCGUCGGCAACGGCGACAGCCCCAAGCUCGCCGCUGGCUGUCCUGCCGUCGGUGAAGGCGACCGGAGAGGCCUGACGACGUCUUCCAAGCGCUGCAGCCUCGCCCAGUUUCUUGAUUGGACCUGGCGCAAAACGCCGACGAAGAUUGGCGGCGUCGACUACUUUGACACCAAACCCGAUCUAAGCAGUGUGAAGUGGCCCCAAUCCGAGGCGGUCAUGACGAGCAGCUCGAUGAAAGCCCAGCAGAUUGCGCCCUAUAUCGAGAACGCGCAGGACGGUACCGGCCAGAAGUUGACCCGUAAAGUCGACAUAACAAAAAACGAUGGUACUCCGGGCAAGAUCCAGCAGCACGGCUACACCGGGAACGUCGCCGAGGCCGACAGACUCUGGGCCAACUCUGGUCACCCGAGUGGCUUCGACGGCUACACCCGAUCCAUAGAGAAGAUCGCGGAUCGCGCCAAAGAACUCAAUGACCACUGGCAAAAGGCCAUCGAUGAUGGGAAGGUCGACAUCAAGGGCGCCCACGAGGCGGCCCACGACCGCAUCACAAAGCAGCUGUCAGAGGCCAAGCUCGCGGCGGAGAGGGUGGUGGUCUUGCGCAAGGUGGACCAGAUGAGGGCCAUCAAGCAAAGCGCUACAUGGAGGCAAAAGCUCGGGGGAAACUAUGCUGUCUGGGACGUAGACGGCGACGGCGUCGCCUAUAUGAAAAGGGAAGAGACGCGCCAGAAGAUGGUAGCUGCUGGCCAAACUUAUUCCGAGGCGAAGGAGCUCCUCGACAAUACGUGGAAAGAGGUCGAAGCGAGCGACAAGUAUCAGACCCACGAGGCCGCGGUGAAGAAGGCGGAAGAGAUGAACCUGAAGAUGAGGGGCAUCGGCGUGGCAUGUUAGUGAUUGUGGGCAUUGGAGACCUUGGCGAGGCCGGGAAGUUCGUUGUUGGGGAGUGAAUCACGGGAAUGGAAUAAUUGUUGUCGAUGUUGGAUCUGUAAAAACAACUGCCUCUAUGGCACCUUCCUAUUUGCGCAGCUGUAUUCUCGCCGGAUUGUCGCCGGCAUUGGCCAAUGACAGAGGACUGUUUAGGCAACUAGCCCAAUCCGGAUGCUGUCGUGUUCCCCGCGGACACGAGGCCAGCGGGGCUAUGCAGGUAUGUACAGGUCCCAGGGAUCACAAACCUUAGUACGGUGGAUCCUGGUGGUACAUCAGUUUGGCUUGGUUUUCUAAGGAAAAAAAUGUAUCUUGC